AUGGCUGAUGAAGCAAGAAAGGCCAAACAGGCCGAAAUUGACCGUAAAAGAGCCGAGGUCAGGGCAAGAUUAGAAGAAUCAGCAAAAGCUAAAAAAGCCAAAAAAGGUUUCAUGACACCGGAAAGAAAGAAGAAACUUAGGUUACUCUUGCGUAAGAAAGCCGCAGAAGAACUCAAGAAAGAACAAGAAAGGAAAGCAGCCGAAAGGAGGAGGAUAAUUGAAGAAAGAUGCGGUAAACCAAAACCAUUAGACGAUGCCAACGAAGAAAGUAUAAAAAGAAUUCUUCGUGAAUACCAUCAACGAAUUGCUAAUCUCGAGGAUGUCAAAUUCGACUUGGAAUAUGCCGUCAAAAAGAAAGAUUACGAGAUCAGCGAACUCAACGCACAAGUCAACGAUCUUCGCGGAAAGUUCAUAAAACCUACAUUGAAAAAAGUCUCCAAAUACGAGAACAAAUUUGCAAAAUUGCAAAAGAAAGCUGCGGAAUUUAAUUUCCGUAAUCAAUUGAAACAAGUUAAAAAGAAGGAAUACACCCUGGAAGAAGAGGAUAAAGAGAAUGCAACGAAGAGAAAAACGGAAUUGUAA